AGAAAAUGUAAAGAAUUACAAUCACGUAAAUUUCCCGGUAAUCUGUAUAUGUUGCAUAAACAAGGUAUAUGUUAUUAAUCCGUGCCUUACGUCACGAUAAAACGUCGAAUUUUAAGAAUAUUUAUUAUUUUUUAAAGAAUACUGCGUGACUGGUAAACGCGAAUUUUGACAGUUUAAAAAUAAACCACCGGAAAAAGUUUAUCUAUCUUUGUCUGCCGGGUAAUUCGGAAGCUUCACCCAAACAUAUAAAAGGACGGGUGUAAAGGUAUUAUAGACGUAUUUAAAUUGUCAAGAACUGGUAUUCGUACAAAAUGAAAGGCUCAAUGUUGAUUUGUUUUAUCGUUGCCAGCACUUCAUACUUUGAACUAACCAAAGGUUUAUCCUGUUGGACUUGUAUUAACGCAAGAAGCAAUGCGGAGUGUCAGGCUACAGGUCAUCUGCAACAAUGCCGAUUUACCCAAAGAGCUUGUCAAACUCACAUACGAACCGAUCCAAUGGGUAUUCGCAUCACGAAGGAAUGUAAACAAGUACAAGCGUGCACCAACAACUUUUUGCAGAAUCCGAGACCAGCCUGGUACCCGAGUCAAUGCAACGAUAAUGUACAAGGAUCCGUAUGUCGAUGCUGCUGUGAUUUCGACAACUGUAACUUUGAGUCUGUAGCAUGCCCGGGAAGUCGCACCACAACUACUCUAGCACCAACAACGACAACAACAACCCAACCGCUCACGCAAUUAGUGGACGUGUUAAACGUUGGACCGGAGGAGCCAAAAACCUGUGACAAGAUAACGUUACGAAACGGAUUCGUCGCUUGCACUGAUGAGAAUAAGCACGACUCGCUAUGUAUGUUCCAAUGCGACGUUACGAGAGGAUACGAACUACUGCCUUUAACGUUACACAGACGACGUGCAAUGCAACUGUAUGGUGGCCGACCCCGCCUUGCUGCCAGCGGCCCUGUCCUCCUUAUGCGAAUGCGGAUAUUCUUGUGAUUCUGGAUUCGUCAUCGUCGAUUGGACGUUUUAACUGGAAUAAAGUUAAAGAGUUUGUUAUAGAUAUGUUUGAGAACAUUGUAGUUGGCGAAAACAGCUUACGGGUUUCAGUGUUCCGUUUCAACGAAGAAAUUGACUCAGACUCGCAAAUAUUAUUCAAGGAUUACCUAGAGGACAAGGAUGGUCUUAUUAGAGCGAUACGAAGCAUUCCCUAUAAUGGAAAUGGAACCAAAACCGGCAAAGCAUUAGCGUACGCUAACGAUGUGAUGCUAACUACUGAAAACGGAAAUCGUCCAAAUUCUCAAGAUACGAUUUUUAUAAUCACGGACGGCCGGUCGCAAGAUGGCGUAAGAGAUGAGGCAGUCGCACUUCAUGAACGUGGAGCACAGGUGGUAGUAAUUGGGGUACAACCAGGAAUAAACGCAGAACUCGACGAAAAUCAACUUACAGAAAUAGCAGGCAAUGCAGACAACGUAUUAAUUGUAGAAGGCGGUUUCGAUAGUUUGGGAGAAUUAAUAGGGGAAGGGUUGGGCACAAGACUCUGCCCGCAGCCGUGUGAAGACUUCUAAUAAACUAACGCGAUUGCUGUAAUAUAGGUUUUUGUAAUUAUAUAUUGCGCUUGGUCAGCGUUCAUGUAUUUUUUGUUCCUAGUUUUGCCAUUGUAAAUAAAGUCUAGUAUUGCCAUUGUAAAUAAAGUCUAGUUUUGCCAUUGUAAAAUAAAAACUUGCAAGAUAUGA